GAAUCGACUGCUGACCCACAUUUAUUUUAGAUGCAUAGCGAUACCAGGUUUCCCAGCACCGACGCCUCUGAGGCGUUCAACGAUGCGGAAAAAGCAGGGGUGCUCUGUUCUGAUAGCCCCAACCCACCGCAAGAAAAGCAUUUUGAGUCUAUGAGGGCCAGAAUUGGAAAACCACAAACCCAUCUCAACAAAGAGUUCCUCUAUCACUAUCAGAACGUGGGAUUGCAGAUGGACUCAGAAGAAUGGACCCAAUUCGUGAGAUACCUGCACAAAGACCUCCCAACUACAUUCCGAAUAACUUCCAGCACCCCUUUCACCGAAAUCCUCAAGACAGCCAUGAAGGAAAUUUUUUGCGCUGCCUCCAACCAAAUUCUACAAGACGAAUCGGGCGAGCCGAUCUCCCCCUCCGCCCAACACACCGAAGUACCUAGACUCGUGCCACUGUCUUGGUACCCAGACGAACUCGUGUGGUACAUUCCGCUGUCCAGAAAGGCGCUGAAAUGCUUCGAGUCAACCAGGCACCUGAAAUACUUUCUGAACGUUGAAACAGAAAUCGGCCAUUUGUCUCGCCAAGAGAUCGUAUCGAUGGUGUCGCCUCUGUUCUUGGAUGUGAGGCCCGGACAGAAAAUCCUGGACAUGUGCGCCGCACCCGGCUCCAAGACCUGCCAGAUCAUCGAAAUGAUGCAUGACCCAAGCUGUUCAUAUAACUCCAACGGACUGUUGAUAGCGAAUGAUAACAACAUUUCUAGGUGCUACGUAUUGGCCCACCAAAUCGGACGGCUGUCCAGUCUAGACGUCGCCGUCACGAACUACGAUGCGCAGAAUUUCCCAGAGAUGACAUUCGAAAUGUCACCGACCAAACUAAAAAAACUUGAAUUCGAUCGUGUACUUUGCGAUGUACCGUGCUCCGGAGACGGCACCAUAAGGAAAAACCCGUCUUCAGGAUCCAUGUGGGACUGCAGGAAUGCCUUCAAACUCCACAAGACCCAGCUGGCCAUUGCAAAAAGGGCCGUUGAGCUAAUGAGAGUGGGUGCAGUUAUGGUCUACAGCACAUGCGCUUUCAACCCUAUAGAAAAUGAGGCUGUGAUAGCUCAGUUACUAAGAGAGGGAAACGGCAAGCUGAGCCUAGUGGAUGUUUCAUCCCUGUAUCCCGACCUGAAACGAAGGCCUGGACUUACAACGUGGAAGGUAGUUGAUUCGAACAAGCGCAUCUAUGAGACGCACGAUCAAGUUCCACAGGUUUCAAGACAGAGAAUCAAAGAAAGCUUUUUUCCGCCAAAUCAAGACGAAGCAAAUCAAUUCAGGUUAGAAAGGUGUCUUCGAUUUUAUCCACAUCUACAAGAUACGGGUGGGUUCUUCUUAGCUGUAAUUCACAAGGCCGAUACAGUCGAGUUCGAGAAGGCGUCCGAAACAGAACCAAGUGAACAACCCAAACCCUCACUCAAUCGAUUCGCAGGCCGAGUCUUUCAAGAAGACCCCAUGUAUCCGAUUCCAGAGACCGUCUGUAAGAAAAUGAUUGAAGACGUAACUUCUUACUAUGGUGCCGAACUGUCGGACUUUCUUUUGAAAAACAAACUACUAAUUCGAUCUUCUAAACCCCCUGCUUCCGAGCCGACCAUUGAAAACAUUAAUAUGAUAUACGUAACGAACGCGACCCUGUACAAGCUCUUGCAGGUCAAGGAUUCCAUUCAGGAACGGCCUCGCGUCGUUUCCGCUGGACUACGUCUGCUGGAAAAUGCAAAAAACAGGAACCAUAAUCUUUGCUCUCCGUACAAUUGGAGGAUCGUUUCUAAAUCCACGUUGAAGUUGGCGCCGCUCGCUUCGAAACGCGUUGUCACGUUGGGAUGGAAUGACUUUUGCCUGCUCAUACGAGUUGUUCGCCCAUCCUUUGAACAAUUUUCAACUCCCGUCUCGCAUCAACUAGCUACCCUUGCAAAAGGUGGAUCCGGCGCGUGCUUCAUCAGAUUUGAACCCGAUGAAACUGAAUUCUUAGACCAGACUCUGCCCGCACUUCAGAGAGCAGUCAGAACCACCCCCCAGGUCGUCAUGGGCUGGAUAGGAGAGAAAACCGUAAGCAUGGCGGUAGGAAAGCUAGAGAUGAAGAGCUGGAAAAACUUGUACACGACAACAGAUUACACGUUCGAAUUUGACAAGAAUAAAAAGGUACUGACCGAAGAAGACAGAAGAGAGAAAAUGGAUGCAGGAAAGUUAAAAAGGAGAAAAAAAGAGAUGGACUCAGAAGGCAAGAAGAACGAGCCAAGCCCAGAAGUCGAAGAAAAAAAUCCCUAAUACAAAGCUUUUGACUAAAGGGAAAUUCCAAGCUGAGUGCAGCCAGCUUCAAUGAUACUAACCUUGGUAUUUCAGGAACGCUACUAUUACUUCAGUUAGCAACUAUGCCUGAAAGUGUGAUGGUUCCUAUAAUUGCUGGAAUUCAAACCUUGUCCUUUUAUAGUGUUGGUUUCAUAGGCACCGCAUGCACGUAAACAAGUCGUCUGUUAUUGCUCUAUUUCCUGGACUUUAAACUCUAGGACGAACGUCGGCGUGGAGGAUGAAAAGCUUUCAAAGAGUGACUUUUCGAGUUAAAUGCUAGGUACACCUGCGAUAACCUCAUAGGUAAAAAGAGAACCUUCUAUCGUCGCGUCUCAUUAGUUAUUCUCCCCUAUACAAGAGCACUAUAAUAUAUUGACUAGUCUGCAAAACUCUUUGUUGAA